CAGAAAAGGGAAGAGAGAGAAAUUUCAAAUCUCACUUUCAUCCCGCUCCAAUUUUCAUUUUCAUUUCGAUUUCCCACACAAACACACACUCAGCGAGUGAGUUUUUGAUAAUUGUAAUUCCGACAAUCGAAUCAAACUCACUCUUUCGUACAUACACACAGGCAAAAAUGUCAAGUCGACACGAGAAAGAGAAGGGCGUGAAUGUCCAGGUUCUUCUCCGUUGUAGGCCGUUUAGUGGUGAUGAAUUGCGUAACAAGGCGCCAGAAGUGGUGACUUGUAAUGAGUACCAGCGAGAGGUUUCAGUAUCGCAGAGUAUUGCUGGCAAGCACUUUGAUAGGGUCUUUACAUUCGACAAGCUUUGUAGUUCUUAUUCUUUUGUUUCUUCGUACAACUCAGAUGUCUCAGUAGUGAUUUUUUUUUUUGCAGCGAGAGAGGAUAAACUGAGUGCAGAUAAUAGGUCAACCGUGAGCAAUUUUCAAGCAGAGCUGACUCAGCAGCUUAGUUCCCUUUGUGACACACUGACCAUAUCAGUGUCUCGACAAAGUGAUCACCUUCAAUGUGUCGAGAAACUCUGUAACACUUUUCUUGAAGUACACGAUAAGGCUGCUAUAGAUUUAAAGAAGAAAGUAAAUUCUUCGAGGGUAUUGUAUAUCUCUCACUUUGAGGCUGUACAAAAUGUGGCGCGGCUGCAUAAAGCUAGCAGUAAUGCUGCCUUAGAAGAAGUUUCAGCUUUAGCUUCUUCGAAUUCACGCUCCCUUGAAGAAUUUUUAGCUGCAGGUGCUGUUGAAGCAAAUUCAGUUUUUGAUGAUCUUCAGGAUGCUUUAUCAAGUCACCGUGGAGAAACAGCACAUUUGGCUAGAGAGCUUCGCCAGAGAUUUACAUCUAGUAUUGAGCAUUUGAUGAAUACAUCAGAAACCAUUCAUGAAUUUCUUGACAAGCUUUUUGAAGAGUCAAAAAGCCUCGAAAGGCAUGCAAUUGAGGUUGAUGAAAUUCAAACGAAGAGUAUUAUUGAGUUUCAGAAGGCUUACGAGGAACAAUCGAGAUCUGACGCAGAGAAGCUUAUUGCUGAUAUGACCACUCUGGUCUCUGUUUGCAUGCGUCGUCAGAAGGACAUGGUGGAUGCAAGGCUUGGAGAUAUCAAGGAAAGUGUGAUUGGGAAUAAAUUGUUUAUGGACGGGCAUGUUUCAUCAAUGGAAGGAAUUGCAAUGGACCUAAAAAGGAAAUGGCAGGAUUCUUUUAAGCUAGCAGAGAAUAACUUCAAAGACAGUGCUGACUUCUCUGCUGCCAAGCAUUGUCGCAUGGAACUACUUUCACAGAAAUGUGCAAACACUGUCGAAACAGCUCUGAAGCAGUGGCAAAGAACCCAAGAAUCUUUGAAUGACAUGGGAAGUCAACAUGCAUCAACAAUUGCUUCACGUGUAAGGAGCAUUUGUGAAAGUAAUGAACAACAUGAUACUGAAAUUGACUCUGCAAGGGUUAUGGCUGAAGAAGAUAUGACAAAGCAUAGUGAAAACAUGAUCCAGUGUCUUGAUAGCAUGUCAGAGCAAGAGAGAGUGUGUAUCUCGGAAAUUAGUGCUACCUCUAGAGCCCAUUCAGAGACCCUGGAGUGCCUUCGAAAAGAUCAUUCUCAACAGUCGGGCUCAAUUGAACAGCAUUCUAGUGAUACUUUCAGGAUGAAUUAUAUGGAUUAUGAGCCAACAGGCACUACACCUGUUAGGUGUGAGCCGGACAUUCCCAGCAAAGGCACCAUCGAGUCACUUCGAGCUAUGCCUAUGGAGACCCUCAAAGAAGAAUUUCGGGAAAACCAUUCUUACGAAUCUUUUAGAGUAAAAGAACUGAAGCCGUCCCUUAUUCCUCGUUCCCCACUUUCACAAAUUAACUAAUGAUUGUGCAUGCUGUAUGUUCAAUUUUAUAUUUUGUACUUGUCAUGCAUAACAUUGUUUCUCAUUGUGCAAGAUACAUAGAAUGCUAAAUGGUUGACAGGCUUACAAUUCCAAUCCCUGCUGCAGAAUCUUAUAUGGUUAUCAAAUUGAUUAGCAAAUCCCGCUUCAGGAUCUAUCUAAGUUUGUAAAUGGAAAUAGAACAGCUUGUCGCUAUUUUGAGUUCUGUAAAAUGUUACCCAAUAUUUUAAGGAGUAAUUUACGUCAUUCUUGAAGUUGAAA